CCCCCAAUUUGUCCAAUGGCUUUUCAGGACCCGAAUCACCCCCUGCAAGCCCAGCUCUGUAGCAAUGUUUUUGGGGCGCUCACUGGGUUAAUACAACCCCCUUUAGCAGCCGGGCUAGGUGGGGGGCAGAAGUAUUAUUGCAAUAAUGGGGUACAGCUAGCCUCCCCGCAGCAGCAGCAGACGCAAACGCCGCAGACGCCACUCAGCAAUGCGGUGGUGGUGGAGCCGGAGCCCGAUCGGCCCAUUGGCUAUGGAGCUUUUGGCGUGGUGUGGUCGGUGACGGAUCCCCGAGACGGGUCGCGAGUUGCACUCAAAAAGAUGCCCAACGUUUUCCAGAACUUGGUCUCUUGCAAACGGGUCUUCAGGGAGCUGAGAAUGCUCUGUUACUUCAAGCACGACAACGUCCUCUCAGCGUUGGACAUUCUCCAACCUCCACAAAUCGACUGUUUUGAGGAGAUUUACGUCAUCACUGAGUUGAUGCAAAGUGACCUUCACAAAGUCAUUGUGUCUCCACAACCUCUCAGCGCUGACCACAUCAAGGUCUUUCUGUAUCAGAUCCUCAGGGGGCUGAAAUAUUUGCACUCUGCCGGUGUUCUCCAUCGGGACAUCAAACCUGGGAAUUUGCUGGUCAACAGCAACUGUGUCCUCAAGAUCUGCGAUUUUGGCUUGGCCCGGGUAGAGGAGCCAGAUGAGUCCCAGCACAUGACUCAAGAAGUGGUAACUCAAUAUUACCGGGCCCCUGAGAUCCUGAUGGGCACCAGGCACUACGGACGCCCAAUUGAUAUUUGGUCGGUGGGCUGCAUCUUCGCGGAACUUUUGGGCAGGCGUAUCCUCUUCCAGGCCCAGAGCCCAAUUCAGCAGCUGGACCUGAUCACAGACCUCCUGGGGACUCCUCCUGUGGCCGCCCUCCAUUCAGCCUGUGAGGGGGCUCGGGCCCACAUUCUGCGUGGCAACCACAAGCCACCGUCGCUGUCUGUCCUUUACAUGCUCUCUGGAGAAGCCACCCACGAAGCCGUCCAUCUGCUCUGCCGGAUGCUGGUCUUUGACCCGGCCAAGCGGAUCUCUGCCAAGGAUGCCCUCUCCCACCCUUACCUGGACGAGGGCCGGCUCCGCUACCACACCUGCAUGUGCACCUGCUGCUUUUCCGUGUCCUCGGGCCGCGUCUACACCAGUGACUUUGAACCCCGGGCCGACCCGAAGUUUGAUGGAUCCUACGAGAAGAGCCUCACCUCCGUCUGGCAGGUCAAAGAGCUGGUGCACAGGUUUAUCUUGGACCAGCAGCGGGGGAAACGCGUCCCCCUCUGCAUCAACCCCCAGUCGGCUGCCUUCAAAACCUUCAUCCGCUCCACGGCGUGGCAUUCCUCCAAAGUAUCCAAAAAGGAGGAGAGAUGAAGGCGCCCAGUGGACAGGGUGGGGAGAAAGAGAAGGAAGGAGAAGAAGAAGAAAAAGGGAAAGCAAAGGAGAAGGGCAGAAUGAGAGAGCCUUUUCAUCGGGUGAUGGAGAGAGAGAAAGAAGAAGAAGAAGAAUAAACAACCACUCUUCUUAAUCCUGCACUCUUGAAUAUUUUGACUCAUGGACAAACAUUUGGGAUUGGGGGGGAAACGUCUGUGUCUUUUUUAUUAUUAUUAUUAUUUGGGGGUGGGUGGGAGGGUUGGGAAGGGAUUGUUUUUUGCAUCAAUUGAUGUCUUUUUCCCCCCUCCACCUUUAUUGUUCUGCACUGGAAAACCCUUUAGGUUGUAGGUAUUCUCCUUGUGCAACUCUCCCUGUCCGCAAACUCACCCCCAAACUGCACUGUUCCCCGACACGCCUGUAUUUGUCCAUCUCCUGGCUGAGUAACCCUUCCCUCCCUGUUCCUGCGUUAUUAGGGUUUUGUCUUGCUCUAGAGGGUUUGCAGCUAUUGGAGCGAAGGGGUGUUUGCUUUUCCCAGUAUGUUCCGCCCAUUCUGCACCAAACCCUGCUGUCCCCCCCACCUCCCCCCCAAAAAAAAUUCUCUUUAGGAUCAGUGAAGGGUCUUCUUACUGGCUGCGUCUUCCCUCCUGUCUGCAAGGCAACCGUCCCGUAAAUAAGCGGCAUGUUGUAUUAGUUCCCCUAAAUGCACUGUCCCAAAAGAACCACAGCUUUGGAGGGGGGGGGGAACCCAAUUUCCUAGCUGGUAUCCAUACAGCCUUUAUCAACCAUAUUGUUCACACUGAAUAUUCUGCCACUUCUUACAAUCAGAAAAGGGGACUCUGGGCCUGAGUAAAUAUGAUCAGUGAUGGAACACCAAUAGGUUUUUUAAGUAAGUAAAAAUUACAGUGAAAGCCUGGGGCGGGGAUUUGAAGUGUGUGUGGCAGAGGGGGGCCCAAGCCUUUCCUUGUCUGCUUGCUCCAGUUGUCCUACCACCAACCCCCAGAAAGAAAAACACCUGAGGUACCACUUGGCUCCAUUUUGUCAUCGCCCAACGUGGCCUUUAAAUAAAAAAUAAAAAUCACUGCUGGGGUUUACUGUAUAGUUUUGUUAGGCCUUCAUCCUGUCAGCAGAAUCUCUGAAAGUUUCCUUCUCCCACCACCCCACUCUGCAGCCAGGAAACCACCCUAGUUCUUCUUAGCACUCCUCAAGGACAUUUAUUCCUUCCUUAUUUCCACACCCGUUCGAAAAUCUACCUCUUUUCUCCUAGUGUGUGUUUGGUUUGUGUGUUUGUUAUUUUUAGCCGGGGUGUGGGGGGGUGUUGAACUUUCAUACUUCUGUUGUUGAUUAAUUUGUAUUUUGCUUUCCUGACUUUUUUUGCAGGAGAGGGGGGGCCGUUGGAUGUUUUUAUUAUUAUUAAUUUUUUCAGUUUCAUUCAUUAAUUUAUGACCCCGUCGGUUUUUAGAAACUCAAAUCCUGAAUGCGUGUGUGCGUGUGUGCAUUUUUCCUUUGUCCCUGAAAAAGAAAAUGAAAAAAAAAAAACCACAACCAACAACCUGGAAACUUGAACUGUCUUGGCUGUAAUAAUUUUUUCUCCUCCUAAUUUAAUUGUGCUCCAUGGUAGCUGAAUUAAAUUUAUGCUGUGUA